AUGGUUAAUAUAAAAUUUAAAGUGUAUUAUAAUUUUUCAUUAUUGUCUACCUUAACAUUGGUAUUUUUAAAUUACUCAAUUAGUAUUUCAACGCCAAACCAAUACACACCAAAAUUUAAAUCGCAUAAGAAUUUAAAGAAUGGAUUCUAUACAUUUAUUAACAUAAAAGGCUAUAAUAAUCAGACAAAUGAGGUGAAUAACUUUAAUAAUAAAUGGAAGUUGUAUGAAAAGCCCAUUUAUAAACAAGGUUUUUUGCCAAACAGCGCCAUUCCGAAACACAUUCCUCUAGACUACGAGAAUUUAUUGAGAUCGCAUGACCCUUCAGUGAUAAACUUUAAUACAACGCUGACAGGCCUACCAGGAGUGAAUAUAAAGGACAUAGAUGACCUGUAUGGCAAAAUAUAUGACCAUAAAGUGCUGAUGAAGCAACUAAGAUAUUUCUUAGAAAAUGAUGAUUUUAGCUCAAUAAAUAGACUGAUGAAGUAUAAUAAAGAUGUGUUAAACAAAGAAGAAUGUGAGUUGUUGGUAAAGGAUUUUGAGCACCUGAUUCACCACCGGUUAAAGUACGAGUACCCGGAGCCGGAAAACCUAGAAAGAACAAUGCCGUUUCUGGUGGGAAGAUACGUGUUGCAGUACGUACUGCAGCAAGACCUGGAAUCGAAGUUAAAUUACGUGUGGCUGAAGCCAGGAGAAGUGCCAGAAGUACCGGAGUACAAGGAGAAUUACGUGGAACCGAAGGCGUCACCAGAAAAGAAAAUACACGUCAAAGAUACAGUGGCAUACAGAUCACUGAUGAAGAAGCUGAGCGAAUACGAUGAAAGAAUGAGACUGUGCGCAGUAAGAGACCUGUACCACAAGCUUAUAGAGUGCAAGAGGAAGAAGCUGGUGAGGUGCCUGAGAAAGUUCCAAAGACUAAGGCCGUUCAGAUCACUAACGUACAGACGCAAAGUCGCAAACAAAGUAAACAUCGACAGAGUGUCGCCAUUUCUGUCAAGGCCAAUGAGGUGUACGGACCAAAUAGUAAAGGAGUACACAGACCACUUUGAAGAAGCAGUAAACAAGCAGGACUUAGCAACAGCCUGCUACCUGCUGAAUCGGUACUCGAGGAGGAUAAUCUUCAUCGACAAGUUCCCGCUACUGUGCAGAUUCAUGAGGUUGUUCGCAGAGGUUCACGCCUGCAAAAAGUAUGACCUGCACAUGCUUAAAAAACUGAGAAGCUUCUACUGGUCCUCAGUAAAAAGGAAAAAGUUCAUGAUAAGAUACAACGAACCCAUGAUGAUCAUGGAAGCAGGAAAGACAAUGAAGGAUAUGUACGAAGAACAACUGGAGCAAUACAGGCAAUAUCGAGAUAAAAAGAACGAUGAGAAGAUGAAGAAGAUGGGAGUGGAUAUGGACAAAGUUAGAGACUUUUCAAACGCAUAUGGAAUGGAUUGGAUACCAAUACUGUACCCAGAAGAAUACCAAGAAGCAGUGGAAUAUCAUAGAAAAAGGUUGGAAAAAUUGAGAAGAAAGGCACUAAAGGUAGAAAAUGAAAUUAAGAGAAAAAGAAGAUUCGAGUACGGAGAAGAUAUUGAUAUGGACUACGAUGAAGAAGAAUAUAAGGAAGAUGUGAAUCAAGAGGAAUUAAUGGGCAAGGAGAGUAUACCACUAAAAGUAAUAAAAAAGGAAGAUGAAGAAUAG